AUCAGUUGGUUGCGCGAAUUCGUGACAAACGUGUCGUCGUUAUCGUUUAAUACACUCCCGGUCGAUUUGACGGGAAAAGCAGCGGAGGUGCGGUCAGCCGAUGCGGCGACGACGACUAGUGAGCGUGCAAAAUGGCGCCCACGCGUGUGAUUUUGAUGUCGUGCGGCAGUUAUAACCCGCCGACCAACAUGCAUUUACGAAUGUUCGAAAUUGCACGAGAUCAUCUGCAUCGAAUGGGUACACAUAUAGUUGUGGGAGGAGUGAUUUCACCAGUUCAUGAUGCAUACGCCAAGAAAGAACUAGCCAGUGCAACGCAUAGAUGUGAGAUGCUGCGACUAGCGUUGCAAAACAACGAUUGGAUUCGCUUAAGCACAUGGGAGACUAGCCAAAAUUGCUGGACGAAGACACGCCUGUGCCUUCAGCACCAUCAGAAUCUACUCAAUUCCAUGUUAUCCAAUUCCAACGACAUCAAACAUCACAUGCAGAUAGAAGAUAUCGAGUGGAUACCGGAGAAUGUGAGAAACAGCUCUGACAACACACCGAUACAGAUCAAACUGCUCUGUGGUGCUGAUCUUCUGGAAAGUUUUGGUAUUUGCGGGCUUUGGCUCGAGGAUGAUAUCGAUGCAAUCGUUGGCGAGCAUGGUCUUGUAGUUAUAACCAGGGAAGGUUCUAAUCCCAACAAAUUCAUCUACGAUUCGGAUAUUUUAUCCAAGCACAUGCACAACAUUUGUAUCGUGACCGAAUGGAUUCCGAAUGAGGUAAGCUCGACGCGAAUUAGGCGGGCCUUAAAACGCAGCGAAAGCGUCAGAUAUUUGGUACAGGACUCCGUUAUCGACUAUAUCUACAAGAACGAGAUUUACGACACGAAAACGGCGGAUGUGACAAUUAAGUUGGAACUGCCGUCGCCGAAUGCGAACAACUAUCUGCACAUAGAGCCCCGUUAUCUGAACGCGUUCCUAACGCCGUCGCCCACCGACGUGACCAUGGGCUCGCCGAGCCCGAUCGAGAUCAUGAGCGCCGCGUCCGUCGACGUUCCGGACGCGGUGCUGUGCAGGAACCUGCAGAAUGUCGUCGGCGCCGCCGAGGCCCGCGAGCAAUUCAUUAGCGCGUUAACCGCCGACAACGGCAACAUCAAGCAUGUAGCAUCUAGAGCGGCGUACCCGGGUCAGGCGAAACAGAUCGUCGUCGCCAGCGAGAACGGUGUCGUGCGAAUCUUGGAUGAGGUAGGUGGUCCGCUCGACGAGCCCGCGGCGAAGCUUCGUCAGCCUGGUCCCUCGACUUCCGGCGAGAGUGCGCUGAAAAGGGACCGUAGGUCGUCAAAGGGUAAAAUUCACGUCGGACAGUGGGAGGCUCUUUCAGAUUUCAGCUCUGACACCUCGGGUGUAGAUUUAGAUCGUGCGGUGAACGAGAUCGUGGCGAAUUCUAACGAACUGACAUUGGAAGAAGGUAGCGAUAGGUCAACGGUAGGCGGCGAGUUGGGACCCGAAAUCGUAGACUUAGGUUCGAGUGGCGAUUGCAGGGUAAUAGUGAAUAUUCAGCCUGUUGCUUCUAGCGAAGUAGCGUCGGAGAGCGCGGUAAGAGGUAAAAAUACGCAAAGGGAAGCCGAUAUAAGUUUAGGCUCGAGUGACGAUCGCGAGGUGAUGACGCAAUCUGAUCAAUCGAGUUCUAGCGAACUGCGGCUGAGGGAAUGUUGCUGGCCGACGAGGGGACACGCCGUAGUCGGCGGCGGAGAAAUAAUCCAGAUAGGAGAAUCAGGUGCCAAUGAGUCACGGCGAAUCGUAGACAAAGGAGAGCAAGGUUCUGCCUUGAUUUUAGAGAGCGAUGGUAGCAAUGAAGAAAUCAAUUCGAGGAAAGAACUAGUUAAUGUAGAAGCGGAUCUUGUUCACAUGGACGGUGUCGUCAAGGUUCAGCCUGGUCAUUUGAGUCAUAGCAUAGUCGCGGAGAAAGAAGAUCAUAAUUUAAGGAUAGGAAAAGCUAAACUCGAUGUGAGAAAAAACAGCUAUGAAUAUUUAGAUGACAAAGAGGUGGGCGCACUCAGUCCGGAAAGUAUUCUAAAGAAUUACGACGUAUUCGAUGAUAGAGGAACCGGUUCUAGAAAAGAAACUGCCGACUUUGAGUUGGACAAGACUAAAAAUUCAGAAAUCAAAGCUUCGCCGUUAAACAUCUCGAUGACAUCACUCGAUGGCCGUCAUGAGUGCGCGCUCUCCGACUUCAGCGUAGACAAGGAAGACUAUCGACUUAGUCAGUAUGGAUCCGAGGAAGAUGAAGAGGAUGAAGAUGAGUUUCUGUUUAGUGCCAAAUUGAGUUUAACCGAUGGUCAAAGAGAGAAUGCGAUAGACGACGAUUCUGCAAAUGACAGCAAGAUCGGUGCCAAUGUUCAAGUAGUCAGUAGUACGAUAGUUCGCAAGAGCCAUGAAAACGCUUCUAAAGGUAUUACGACAAAAGAGACUGAUGAAGAAGCGCGAUUCGUCGAGGAAAGAUCACCUUUACAGAGCGAAGAAGACAGAAUGAUCGACGUUGGGAAAAGUAAGCAGACGGAAGAAGCGUUCAAGAUGCGAGGGACUGAUAAAGAGAACCAAAUGCAGAAAGGAUCAGAGUUGGAUGCUCACUCUUUGGAAAAGCGGACGAUAUCUUGCGAUUCGAAUUCUGAGAUAGACGGCAAAUACCUGAAAUCAAUCGUGAACUCGCGCAAGAGUCCGAGGAAAGUCAAGGACGGCCAGAUGACUGAGCUUAAGGAACCGAAGAAUCGGCAAUCCGAAGUUCUUCAAAAUUCACCUAUGGAGAGGAAAGGUUCCGGAAAGGUCAAGCAAAGUGAAAUCACUGAAGCCGGGGCUGGUAUCGAGAAUAAAGAUCAAAUAAUUAACGAUCAAAAGAUAUAUUGCUCAGGAGAAGUCUUCCAAAAUUCUCUAAGAUCAGCUUCCACGAAGACAAAGAGUUCUAUGAAAGUUAGGGGACAUCACACGGGUGAAAAUGAUCGCGAGUUCAAGGAUCAAAGUAAGUACGUUAGCGACCGAGAGACCGGGAAAGUUUCUCAAAAAUUGUCAACUAGCGCAAAGAGUCCCAAAAAGCUCAGAGAGAAACAGAUUUACCAUAAAAGCGGCGAGAUGAAGGAUUACGAUCGAGCUAUCAACGAUCGCGUUAUUUCCCAGCUUGAGGAAGUCUUUCAGAAUUCUGUAAAGAAGCCUUCCACGAAGACAGUAGAAAGUCCAAAGAAGAUAUCCGAAAUUCACGUUGAAACGAAGGAGCAAAAUCUGCCGGUGCAUCGAUCCGCCGAUAAUCGACAAGCGGGUGAAGAAGUUACUCAGCAUUCCUCUAAAAUAUCUUUUACGGAAAGCCCGAGGAAGACUCAGAAGGACGCGAAAGCGAACGAUAAGAAGACCGUUGACGAUAACACGAAGCAGAAUUUUAACGAGAUCAAGGACGUGUACACGAGGAAGGUGCGACGUUACAACGUGCCUCUUCAGGGCAGCCUGGACUCGAUGAUCGUGUCCGAUGAGUCGUUUGCGCCAAAGCCCAAAAAGGACGACACCUUCUCGAAGAAGUCCAAGAGUUACGAGUCGAUCAAGCGAAUUCAAGAGGUGUUCCUGGGCACGCCGGGCAAGAUGUCGAGUAGUUCACAGCUCGACAUCCCAGACGAGUUUUGUUCCAUUUGCUGCUACAUGAACGAGAUUACAUUCCGGACGGAGGAAGAGAUCAGCAGUCCGAACCAGGAGACCUUCUAUACGCUCAGAUCCACCUGCAGCUCAUUGGCCGACGACGACGACUCCACCGAAUGCGACAUCUGCGGCUCGCUGAACCAGCAGGAAUCCGAGGGCAAAAUAGUGAUGGACUCGGCCCACGGAGAGAUACCCUGCGAGCUCUGCAGAAUCUGCGGCGAAAUGGACGGCAGUUAUGAUCAGAACACCAUGAUACCGGCGGAUAGAUACGCCUUCAGGCUCGUCGAGCCGAACCAAGACGACGACGACAGCUUUGAGAUUGAGAAUUGCGGCUUUCAAAGCGGCACGGAAUCGGCCGACGAUCGAAGCCGAGUUUCCGAGAAGGAGAGCAUCAAAGAGUCCGACAGAUCCAAGUCGCGCUCAUUGUUCAUUCAUGGCUCCUCGAUGGUGAGAGACCAGCCUCGUGAGCUGUACUUCAUUCCCAAGGACGAGAUCGCCAUCUUAACGAGCGGGACGAGGAAAGUCGGUCGCAAAGGUUCCCUGUUCAGGAAGAAGGAAGAACUGAAUGUACGCGAUAACAGACGGUACUCGUCGGUGGAUAGUCUGCAACUGGCGAAGAUGUCUGCGAAGACGGCCGACAAGGCGCUCAAAGUCGCGAAGAAUCCGACCCUCGUCGCGUCCGCCGAUAAUCUGCGGAUCUCGAGGAGGUCCAAGUCCCUGCAGAGAUCAGCCGACGACGUAGGCCGCCGGAGCUCUCUCACCGAUAACUUGGAGGGCCUAGCAAGGAAGGAAGAAGACGCAACGCAGGCGGUCCAAAAACCCAACGCCCGUGACAAGGAAGCGGUAAAGAUGAUUCUCACGCAACAUGGAAUCAAGAUUAUUAGUGAGAAGGAGACUGCUUUGUAAUAGGAGUAGUCUGAGCACUGAAUGACCUAGAAUGGGGGGGAUCACGUAGAAAUGACUCGCGAGAAAGGCUACUGAUCUGGAUGAGUAAAUUCAAAUGAAAAUCUAUAUACCGCUUGUUUAUUACUAACCGAAAAUUUGGAAGUGGAGAACACUUUCGAGCCUUUCCUCGAUAUAUACAUAAAUAUAUAUAUAUAUGAAACGAAAAAAAUAAAUGUCAAACGGAUUGUUGUAAAAAUAAUAGACGUAAAGUAAUUAUAUAUGAAUUAUGAAUUGUAAUUACGCCGCAUCUUGGCUUUGCAUAAGUAUUUGUGCCGUUGCAGUAUUAUAUAUAAUAACUAUUGUGUGAUGGUUGUACUGUUGUAAUAUUGCCGUAAUAAUUACGAACGAUAUACCAUAUACAAAUCGAUAGCUCGGUAUCGAUAGAAAGGACCAACAGCGGAAAUUGUUAUUCCCGAUCGAAGAUUGGGAAAUUGUUGGAUGAUUUAUGCAAAACUUGCAAAUGAUAUAACAAGACAAUCUUAGUAAUAUUACUGUUAAUGUAACGAGAAAAAACAAAGAGCCGUGUUAUACAAUGACUGUAAAUAAUGAUGCGAUACAUCGAUUUAAAGAGAUAGCGCUUCGCUCGAGAAUGAAAACGCGAAGCGUGCGAAAAGUAGUGCCAGAUGUGCCAAAAAUAUGUGAUAGAAUUUGCAUUAUUUUGUUACUCAUCCAUUCGAAGAAUUUCUUCGCAAGAUCAGUAUUACCGUUUGUAGUAUUUUUCUCGUCGUUAUCAGCAUGUUGUAUGAAGAGUCUAAAACGAAGAGUUUCUUCCUAAAAUCGCAGUAUCGCGCCGUAUAGUACUUCGUCCGUAGGAACUUUUCUAUCAUCAGUUUUUAAUCGGUUAGUUAUCAUCGUUAGCUGGUGCAAUAAUGUUGACAUGCAUAUUACUAAUCGUUCGAAGACCCCAUGAAUGCUGCUACUUCCCAUAACCCGCUUAAUUUUCCCUUUAGCGGCAUUAAAUGAUGCAUUUUGUAUCUUUGUUAGACUCGUCAAGCUGCCAUUAAGUAUUUAGAAUGCUAAACGUUUAUUGAUGAGUCUUGUCUUUCUCUAUUGCAUGACGUUAUGUGUCUUUAUCGUUUGAGACAUAUUCAUUGAGUUGUGAUGGAGAAGGCGUUUUGAUGUUUCCAGAUGUAAUUUUUACUACCGCAUCGAAAACACCUAAGAAUUAAAAUGAGACUGUCGACGUAGUGUACAGUGUAAAUUCUUAUCUCCAUUGGGAAUGUACAAACUACGUUGAAAACUAUGGACAGAACCCUGAAUUCUGACCUGUAAUCUCAGUUGUUAUGCGCUAUGUUCUCGUCCUCCAAUCAACCAGUCGAAUCCCGACCUCCAGCUUGGGUGCAAUUUUAACGUUCAAUGUUGACUGAUACGAAUUCAAAAUCUUAAAGUUAGGCCCUGGAAUGAUUAUGACCUUCGCUUCUUCUUCUUUGCUCCCCUUCUUCUUCUUCUUCUCUUACGUCUGCGUUGCGUUCUUGUGCACUCCCGGAUCUGUUCGACGAAAGUAAACCAUGAUUUUGUUGAUGCGACUGCUAUCAUGUUAUUUUUUAACGAUUGAGAAACAAAAGUGGAAAAAUAUACAUAUAACAAUAUCAAUCUAUUUUUAAAUGUCAUAUUGAAUCGCGUGUGAAUCAUCGAGUCGCGUAUUAUGAGAUUCUCUGUCAAAAUUGAUUCGUAACAUUUAUAUUUUAACGAUUGCACAAUUUCAAGAAAACAACAAUUACACUUCAAGUUUGAGAUCUAUUAUACAUAGAGAACGAGUAUUUGGCACAAAGUCCUAAUUGAUGGCAUGAUGGCGGUCGAUAAUAUAGUCUUUGCUUCUGAUGGAGCAUGUGACGUGUGUUUUUCCAGGAUACAACAAAACCUGCAUGCCUACUGUAAGACAGAUAGUUGGCUGUCUCGUUGCUGCCCGACCGAUCCGAUGCCGGCCCCGGCUUCUUCUUCUUUCUGCUAAAAGCCCUAAUUGCGCUACUAACGAUCCUAAUCAGGAAACUAGCAUGGUUGUUAGCAGCAGCAGCAGCAACAACAACAACAAGAACAGCAACAACACUUACAGCAACAACGAGAACGAGAACGCACGAAAUCGAUAUCUUGAUCGUUCUUACAUUUAAUUAUCUCACUAAACCUAUUAUCUAUUCUUUUAUUUAUAGAUUUUUGAGUACAAGUUUUUGAAACACUGAAUAUAAUUGGUAGCACAGAGAGAGAAUUGUUUCUACAUUUUUACAAUAUGGUUAUAUUUUUACCAGGUUAUAGGAGUGAUUUCACCGAUGUGUUUUAAUAAUCCACACUAUUUAAUCAGGGUUAUUUAUUAAAAACAAAAAUAAACAUUUUUCAAACGUUUUAAACGAAGAGUACCGCAACGAUUAAUAUUAUAUUAAAUUAAUAUAUUUAUCGCAUCGUAAUUUUAUUGCUACAAUUGAUCGUAAUAAUAAAUAUGUUAACAACUAUAAUUAUGGUAAUAAAUUCCUCAUCACAGGUGACAUAUUACUAUAAUUAUCGUACGACUGUAAUCAUAAUGAGUGUAUAAUUAAAUUAAUAUAUAUAUAUAUAUACAUAUAGUUACAGAGAGACCUAUAUCGUGCUAUAAUUCUGUAUGAUAGUUACCGACGAAGAUAUGAUAACCACAAAAGAUAAAGAGAAUGUUGUUAUAAAAAAAAAAUAAACGUAUUUAUUAUAAAAUAAUAUUAAAAUUAACAAUGAAAGCUGAUAGUAAUGCGAUAAUAGAUAGUAAUAAUCGUGUACGAUACUUGUAGUUUAAUGAUGAUACAUAACAAAUAAUG